GGUGGGGGCGGGGCGCGAGAGCUGCUGCCGCGCAUGCGCACGGCCUCGGCCCGCGCGGCGCGGCGCGGCGAUGGGAUUCCGCAACGUUUCAAGCACCAUGCCUGGGUCUCUUCCUGUAAAUGCUGAAGCCUGUUGGCCAAAAGAUGUUGGAAUUGUUGCCCUGGAGAUCUAUUUCCCUUCUCAGUAUGUUGACCAGACAGAAUUGGAAAAAUUUGAUGGUGUGGAUGCUGGGAAAUACACCAUUGGCUUGGGCCAGUCGAAGAUGGGUUUCUGCUCAGAUAGAGAGGAUAUCAAUUCUCUCUGCUUGACUGUGGUGCAGAAGCUCAUGGAGAGGAAUAGUCUCUCCUAUGACUGCAUUGGGCGAUUGGAAGUUGGAACAGAGACAAUCAUUGACAAAUCGAAAUCUGUAAAGACUGUUCUGAUGCAACUCUUUGAAGAAUCUGGUAAUACAGAUGUAGAAGGGAUCGACACAACGAAUGCGUGCUAUGGAGGCACUGCUGCUCUCUUUAAUGCUGUUAACUGGAUUGAGUCCAGUUCUUGGGAUGGGCGCUAUGCACUUGUUGUUGCUGGAGACAUAGCUGUAUAUGCCACCGGAAAUGCCAGACCAACAGGCGGAGCUGGUGCUGUUGCUAUGCUAGUUGGUCCAAAUGCUCCUUUAAUUUUUGAGAGAGGAUUGCGUGGGACCCACAUGCAGCAUGCCUAUGACUUUUACAAACCGGAUAUGGUGUCUGAAUACCCUGUAGUUGAUGGAAAACUGUCUAUACAAUGCUACCUCAGUGCAUUGGAUCGUUGCUAUUCUGUUUACCGCAACAAGAUCCGAGCUCAGUGGCAAAAGGAAGGAACUGACAGAGACUUUACUUUGAAUGACUUUGGAUUCAUGAUCUUCCAUUCACCAUACUGUAAACUUGUACAGAAAUCUGUGGCCCGACUGCUGUUGAAUGACUUUCUUAGCGACCAGAAUCCACAGACAACAAAUGGUAUCUAUAAUGGGCUGGAAGCUUUCAGGGAUGUAAAACUGGAAGAUACAUACUUUGACAGAGAUGUGGAGAAAGCCUUUAUGAAAGCUAGUUCUGAGCUCUUUAAUCGGAAAACUAAAGCUUCUUUGCUUGUGUCUAAUCAGAAUGGAAAUAUGUACACCCCUUCAGUCUAUGGUUGCCUCACUUCUCUUCUAGCUCAGUUCUCCCCACAGCAGUUAGCUGGACAGAGGAUUGGUGUGUUCUCUUAUGGUUCUGGAUUUGCUGCCACCUUGUACUCGAUUAGAGUUACACAGGAUGCCACACCUGGUUCUUCUCUGGAUAAAAUAACUGCCAGCCUUUCUGAUUUGCAAACAAGACUUGACUCACGAAAGUGUAUUGCACCAGAUGUCUUUGCUGAAAACAUGAAGAUUAGGCAGGAAACGCAUCACUUGGCCAACUAUAUUCCACAGUGUUCAGUAGAUGAUCUCUUUGAGGGGACAUGGUACCUAGUGCGAGUGGAUGAAAAACACCGAAGAACUUAUGCACGGCGCCCAUUGCUCGGUGAUGGCCCUUUGGAAGCAGGAAUUGAUGUUGUCCAUUCAGGAAUUGUUCACGAACAUAUCCCAAGCCCUGCUAAGAAAGUGCCAAGAAUCCCUGCAGCAACAGAACCUGAAGGUGUUACUGUUGCCAUUUCCAAUGGAGAACAUUAAGAUACCUCUAUGAGCUGGGUCAAAAGUUAAAACCUUGAAUCCUGUGAAGUGCUGAGCAACCUUGAUAAUCAGCAGCUAGCAGAAUGGCCCUGAGAUAAAGGAAGCAUCACAGAAAUCUGUCUCAGGGCCUCACCCUGGGAGCAUGGUGACUGUUAAGCUAUUUACUUCACCCACAUGCUGGCAUGAACAACUUUGUCUUAAAGAGUGUUGAAAUAAUUGUUAACAGCCUUCACCUUCAGUAAAAUACUUCAGCCCAUCUUGGUGAAAUGUCACUUUCAUGGGUACUAUUUUGCCCCUGGACAAAUUAAGGAACGUUAUUUUCCAUAUCAGUUAUAUUACCUGAUAAUUUUAAAGUAUUGUUUUUUCCUGAUACCAACACCGUGUAUACAUUUUAAGUGAAUUCAAUGUUUGUGAAAUAUACUGAAUUAUUUGCCCAAUAUAUGGAAGUCCUUUAAAUCCCAGAAACAAUCCUCCCAACAUGAGCCAUUGUAAGGAAACCUCCCACACAGGUCCCCCUCUCCAGUUCUUUUUGAUGACACAGCUAGAAAAGCUAGUCAAUUUGGGAUGCACGUGAUGGAUGACUCAACAAUGUAGAUGCCUGUGUAAAUUGACUGGGCUACAGAUCACUAAAUUAUUUUGCAUAAUCAACACAUGACAAAUGACAAUGUAUAGUAAAUACAGCAGGAUUCAGACUGCUGACCUAGAAGGGAAAGACACAGUGUCCUAGUGCUACUCCUCAGGUCCAUCCACUUCCUGACAAGAGCAUAGCAUUCUACAUUAUGCUUGGAAAUGGAACUUAAAGUCCUGUUCUUCCAACUUUGUGAAACCCUCCUUAUUUUGGCAAGUCAUUGAGGAACAGUUAAACCAAUAAAACAAAUAUUGAGGUAGGCAAAGUUUAUGGUAUAUGCUGUUUUUAAUGGCUGAUACUGCUAUUCAGACACUAGUGACAGAUGUUCUAUUAUGAUUGCAUAGUACUGCCAUUCCAUAUACACUGAUCUUGUUGGCUCACAACUUUCCACAGUUUCACUCAAAAUGUGUAAGAUCUCAUUACAAAGUACAGCUGUUCUGAGAAGUCUGUCACAAAUAAAUAUCAAAAAGCAUUUUAAAGAACUUCUUUCACACCAAUACAAAUAGAAACCCAGCUCCUUCACAGGAUUUGUAGUAUAUAAUUAUAUAAACUCCAAGAAGGAGCUGGUUUUUGAUUUGAGGAUUAGACUUCAUGGUGUAGGUCUCUUUCAGUCCUGGUACUAAAUUAUUGUCAGUGCAGUUUACAAAGGGGUAAAGUGAAAGAAUAACCAGCCCCGUAAGUUUUGAAAAUUCACCAAAGUUGGUCUUUUGGAGGUGGUGGGGAAGGAUCUUUUUUUUUUGGUUCCUCUUUCCUACAAGAUUUUUGGCUUACAAGGUUUAUAUUAUCUGUGUUUUAUUGGCUUUACCUUGUAGCAUUUUGAGGAGGAAGGGUAGACUGGUUAAAUACAAAAGCCUGCCAUAGAAAGAACUCAGCCCAUUUUUACGGCCAAGAAAAUCCUAAAUGGUUGUUUUUUUCCUAGCCAAAUUUAAUAUGGCCCAUCCUCACUAUUCAAAGCCUCUCUCUCAUUUUGUGAUUUCAUAUUGCACUUUGGAUCUUAAGACCAUCAAACCCACACUAGCUAUCUUUUUUUUCUCUACACCAGAGCAUCUACUUCUCUAGUGCCUAAAGCAAACAAGGACUGGGUGCAUGGACGUACCUCCUGCAAUUUCUAUUGCUCACCUUAGACUGCCUUUUUAUCAGCUGAAUGCCGGCUGCUCUUGUUGAACGUAUUCACGUGUGCUAGUAGUAGUUCUACAGACCAAUAUUUAAAACAUCUGUACUCUGCUCAGAGACUGCAGAGCCCAUUAGGCUUCCAAGCCUUAUUCUAAACCCCACUCAGGGAUUUUCUUUUCCUUUUUUUUUUUGCUGCUUAAAGUAAUGCUAGAAAGAAUAGAGAAUCGAUUCAAGAAGAAAAGGGAGGGAUUAUGAAUGGGAGACAGGAACGCAGACAGACUAAAGAUAGAAGUUAAGAAAGAAACGUGAGACGAGCAGGAGAGGUAAAGUGACAUUUCUGCCCAAUGUUUCUAGACAGUGGGAGGAUGUGCUUGUUACACACAUGUUAAACAGUCUAACUGAAAUGCACAUAUGCAUGUCACAGGAGUCAUGGCAAUAGAUUGGUCUUUUUUCCUGGCAUGAGUCACCUGAUAUAAAUCUGUCUCAAAAGCCCUGCCUCUGUCGGAUGGCAGAAGGCUCUGCUGACAGAAACUGCAAGUUAUUUAACAGAAACAAGAAAGACUAGAAAACUGCAGUGAACAUGCUGUAAUUUUACGUCCUGUCCUUUGCACAUCUUUCCAUAACUCAGAAUGCAAGUUUAUGCUUCUCUGGUAAUAAAGGAUCCUAGGCAGUGACAAGCUAAUAACCCCUUGUCUCCAAUUUUGGUGCAGCUGUCGCAUUUAGGCUACAGACAGAAGUUACACAUAAAACAGUUCACGUGAUCAGAAAGUGUUUUAAACCUGUAACAGAACAGCAGUUCAGUGCACAUAAACAGGUUUCAAAACUGAAACUGGUUUAAGAUAAACCUGGUUGAAUGUAGUAUCAGACUUAACUGAUUUGGGUUAAAUUGGUUUAUGGAACUUCUGUCUCAAACCCCUCCUGGUUCAAGUUAAAUCAGAGUCCCCCGGCAUCCCAGCAUGCUUUCCAACCCUGGGCUGGGCUGUGCUGGGCUGUGCUGUAUGCUCCAGAGAGUAGGGCUGGAGCAGUGAGGGCUGGCUGACCAAGUUAGUAAGCCCAGCUGGGGAUGCAGCCCAGUCUACAGGACUGCUGGGGUCUGGGGCCAGGGAGUGGGGGUUGAACACCCCUGCUCAAAUUUAAUUUGGCUGUGACUGUGGGCUACAAAUCCCAGAGGCACCUGGAAACAGGAAGAGGAAGUGAUGUGCAACCCUGUAGAGUCCUGCUGCUGUAAGUCUGGACUGCAAAUCUCAGCGACCUCAGGGGUAGCAGGAAGAGGAAGUGAACAGCCAGCCAGAGAGCCAUGCUCUAGGGCCCCCUGGCUUUUGGCCUGAGCCAUUUCAUGCAUGUGGCUGCAUUUCCUGAGUCAAAGGUAAACGUCUAUUCACUUCUGUUUCAAUUUAAUCUGAUUCAGCUUCAGGCUUUUCGACUGUCUGUACUUAGCCUUAGAGUCAGAGCAUCGUGGCACAGCUGAGGCUAAUUUUCUAAGCAUAUUAAAGCACCUGAGCUGUGACUGCUGCUUGGGUGAAAUGAACUCGUGAGUGUAUGGAGGCAACAAAAGUCCCACAUAGGACAGUUCUCAUGUACUGGGAAUGGGCAGCUUUGUAGUCAAUACAGGAAGAGAGCCUGCACCCCCAAGAGUCAUACAGCUGGCCCAGCUCUGAAUUGGCCCCUGUACACAGGACUUUUAGUGGUAUACUUAUGGAUCUUGGAGUGAUGAUACAGAUGUGGUGGAUGCAACCCCCAUCCAGAGGUUGUAUAGAAGAAGUCACAGCCCUUGUUCCAGUCUAGGACCUGGAGGAGCAGUUGCACAGAAGCUACAGACCCAAACCUAUCCUCUCCAUUGCCCAAGCCCUCAUAGGGUGAUGCUCUCUGGUCUGCCAGAAGCAAUGGGCAGAGGGAACCAAGCAGAGCACAGACCAACCAGCUGCCGUGGCAGCUGUUCCCAGGGCUGCCAAGGUGGGAAGGGGAAGACGGAAAUCGAGCUCUGUUUGUUAAACUGGAGCUUAUGUACCUGUUCCCAAGGGCUGUGUGCACCCAUACCUGGAGCAGGACUUCCAACAGGCCUUUGACAAUAGACAUUGUGGUGUGUGGAAGGGGCCUGCAGUGAAACGUCCAGUUGUCCCUGGAUGCCCUGUGGGUGCAGGUUGCUGGUGUGUGGUGGUUCUCCCUACAAGCUGUGAGUGUGCGCUGUUGUAUCCUGUUUCCUAAUAAAGACAAAGCUGUUUAUCAUC